GGGCACGAGCGCGGAAUGCGCAUCCACGAGAAAGUCACCAACUUUUUUAUGGAAAGUGCAUGUCACCAACAGCGGCCAUUCCACUCUUCUGUGCACCAGCGGACUGGACGCCUUUGGCUCCCCACGGACGCGUUCGAGGAUUAUAAUUUUUUUCUUCUUGAAAAAAAACCAAACAAAAAAAACAAAAACAAAAACAGCCACUUAGAGCUCACAUUAAAACCAACUUGUCACUGUGGUCCAAAAAUGGCUGAGGUGGCACAAGUUGAGGCUGUGGUCGACAUGAAAGCUGUCCGUCUUAAAAAUGAACAUGCGAGUGACGCAGAGGCCAAGAAUGAUGAGCAGAAAAGUAAGGAGACGCCAAAUGCGCAGGACAAAACGACUGGUAAGGGACAAAUGAAUGGCAUGGAACAGAAGGGAAGGGACAAGGCUAGUGGUGAUAAGAAUAGAAGAAGGAAAACCGCUAAGGCUGCGGAGGAGGAGGAAGCCCCACCUGACACAACUGAGAAAAAUCAUAUUUCUGAUGUUAUGCUUAAAAAAGAGAAACUGCUCAGAUCCAGAAAGCUCGUGGCCAGAAGCUACGUACCCAACACGAACAAAGACAAGAGCGACGUGACGGGAAAGUUUGAGGCUAUGCAGAAGGCCAGGGAGGAGCGCAGCCGGCAGAGGAACAAGGACGAGCAGCAGAAGAGGAAGGAGCAGCACAUCAAGGAGAGGGAGUGGAACCGUAGGAAGCAGCAGAUAAAAGAACUUCUUGCUUCCAGCGAUGAGGAGGAAGAGGUGAAGCCGGCAAAGGUGGAGAAAUCCUACGUCCCCAAAAUCACAGGUAGUGUGAAGGGGAAGUUUGCCGAAAUGGAAAAGCAAAGGCAAGAGGGGGAGAGGAAGAAGAUGGAAGGUGAGAGAAAGAGGAGGGAAACCCAGGACAACAUGGAAAAAGACAAAAUCAAAAGGGAAUUGGCCAAGAAGGCAGCUGAGGAAGGAGAUGACACCAUCCUGGUACGGGUGGUUCCUGCUAAGCCAUCGCGAGCUCCAGGCAGAAUUAAAAUGAACUUUGAGGACAUGGAGAAGAGUCGAGAAGAGGAGCUGAAGAAGUCGGCUGAGGAAGAAAAGAAGAGACGCUAUGAUGAAAACAGACGCUCUUUCAGGGAGGCCAAGCGGCGCUCGAUUGUCCCAGAGGAGGAAGAGGAGAAGACUGUGGAGAAGGCGCAGAUGUCUCCGGGAAAGCUGAAGAUGACGUUUGAGGAACUGGAGAGGGAAAGGCAGGAGCAGAGAAGAAAGCAAGCUGAAGAGGAAGCCAAGCGUCGCCUCCAACAGGAGAAGAAAGCUUUUGAAGAGGCCCGAUUGGGAUUGGAAGAGGAGGAGGAAGGCACUCAGGCACCAUCCCCGGACGACAAGGAGAACUUCCGACCUGGAAAAUUGAGGUUGAGCUUUGAAGAACUUGAAAGGGAACGGGUCGAGGAGGAGCGGAAGAAAGCUGAGGAGGGGGCCAAGAAACGAAUGGAGGAGGAGAGAAGAGCUUUCGCUGAAGCCAGAAAGAGCAUGCUUGUCGACGAGGAUGACGAGGCUUUGAUGGCCUUAUUGAACCUAGAGGGCAGCAAACCUGGAAAGAUCUGUGCCAGUUUUGAGGAGCUUGAGCGCCAGAGAAGAGACGAAGAGCAGAAGAAGGCAGAGGAGGAGGCAAAGAAGAGACUGGAAGAGGAGAAGAGGGUCUUUGCCGAGGCACGCAAAAGCAUGAGCCCCGGCCUGGAUCAUGACAACUCUUCAUAUGGAGAUGAAACAGUUCUAGAUGAUGAGGGUGAAUUGGUGAGGACCGAAUCGCAGGAGGCACUGCACCCGGGAAAACUGGAGAUGAACUUUGAGGAGCUGUUGAAGGAGAAGGAGGAAGCCGAAAGGAGACGCAAAGCGGAGGAGCGCAAACAGAAAUUAGAGCAGGAGAAGCAGGAGUUUGAGCAACUCCGACAAGAGAUGGGCGAGGAAGAAGUGAAUGAAAGCUCCAACGUUGUAAACAGAGAGUAUGAAGAGUUGACGAAGCUCAAGAGGACGGGCUCCAUCCAGGCCAAGAACCUGAAGUCCAAGUUUGAAAAGAUCAAGCAGCUGACUGAUGAGGAAAUUCAGAAAAAGAUUGACAUGGAGCGAGCUCGAAGGAAGGCCGUCGAUGAUGAAAUUAAAGAGCGAGAAGCUGAACGGUUCCAGGAGGAAGAAGAAGAAAGCCAAAUGACUUCAGCAAGAGGUGAGGAGUCUCCAUUCAAACAGAAGGUGGACAUGCGAGCCAGGUUUGAACAAAUGGCCAAAGCCAGAGAGGAUGAGGAGAGAAGGCGGAUAGAGGAGCAGAAGCUACAGAGAAUGCAAUUUGAACAACAGGAGAUUGAUGCUGCUCUCCAAAAAAAAAAGGAAGAUGACGUAGAGGAUGAGGCAAGCAUUGUUAAUGGCUCCUACGAGGACGACGAAGAUCAUGCCAGGUCGGGCGCCCCGUGGUUCAAAAAACCUCUCAAAAACCAGUCAGUGGUGGACUCGGAGCCCGUCCGCUUCACCGUCAAGAUCACUGGGGAGCCCAAGCCGGAGGUGACAUGGUGGUUUGAGGGAGAGAUGCUCCAAGACUGUGAAGACUAUCAGUACAUCGAGAGAGGGGAGACAUACUGCCUCUACCUGCCAGAGACCUUCCCUGAGGACGAGGGCGAGUACAUGUGCAAGGCAGUGAACAGCCGAGGCACGGCGGCGAGCACCUGCAUCCUCACAAUAGAAACUUAUGACUACUGAGGCUCUUCCACUUGCUGGAAACUUUCCCUGUUGUCUGUCCUUUAAAAAAAACAUCAACUCAUUUGUCCUUCAUGGUCAAAAAACAGAGGAAAGCAAGUAACGGUAUGCUCGGCAUUCCUAGGGGAGGGAUACACAAAAACACAAAAUUGCAGAAUGUUUACUUGUUAAUCAGUUGGAAAGCUGCACUCCCUGUUAAUAUAGGAUAUGACCUGUGCCAAAACACCCAAUAAGAUUCUUGUAUAAGUCAGUAGUCCCAUAGGUUUGCCAUGUUACUUUGAUCUUCUGACAUAUCAUACCAUUUAAUUCAUGAUGUGGUUGUGUCUUUUUCAACAUACCAGCAGAUGUUGUUGUGAUGCUCACCUGAAGUGUCAGUGACAUGAUAGUUAUCACUUACAGUAAAUAUAAAUCCACAGGAGUGAGCCUCUUGACACGGAUGUGAUGACUUCGUCAAGCCAGUGGCAUGCUGUAGGAAAAAAUGGUAUCAUUAUUUUAAUCAAAAGAGUUCAUUUAUACAUUCAUCCUCUGUAAUGCCCCUUAAGUUAUUUUUAAGUGUAAUACUCUUGUUACAUUUGAUAUGCUGUUGUGCUGAACGGUAGGUAACUAUUUAAUGGUUUGAUAAUAAAGCAAGCAUAGGCUCGUAUUCUUCUUUGUGAUACAUCAUAUGAGAAAAUGUUUUAAUAAAUUAAACAACAAUAGCA